AGGUAAUGCCAAGGAUAAUAAGUUGUACAAAGGCUUAUUGUUGCUUUGGAUUGUGUUUUUCAUGAUGAUAUUUUACAUGAAUAAGCAUCAUGAAUUACAUCACCUCUGGUACGUGUGUCUAUCAGAUCCUGUUUUCUUGUAUUUGCAUUCAUGGUUUCAUCUCAGGAUAUUCUUGAACAGUGAAGUAUUAGGUGGUUCUUCAAGACGGGAUUUUAGAUUAAUUAUCUCAAAGUGUGUUCAUUGACAACUGGAGUAAUGAGCAAGUUCAGUAUUUCUAAAAGGCAAGGCUAUAUGAGAACAAAGCACCUGAUUUGACACCAGUUUGAACAUGCUGAUAAGGCUGUCCCUCACACAUGAGUAUUGUUCAUGACUGACUUUCAUUAUGAACAUGAUGAAGGGAUGCCUUUAUCUCUUCACUGAAGGAAACACUUAUGUUUAAAUGUUAUUGCAACUGUUUUCCACUUCUGUGGUAAAGGAAGUCUUUGCCAAGGACUCAACACAUUUUCUUAGCUGUCCAUAAAUAUUUAUCUUCAACAGUAGUGCAACUGAUGCAAGCUCAUUACUCACAUUCCCAACAUUUUUACGCAGUAAACAUUUUUGUUCAGUAAUACAAUAUUCCAGAAAUAUUGUUUCUUUGUCUUUGUAUGAUUAGUCAACUGCUUUGAACAACUUUAUUCAACAGUUUUGCAUGCAGUAAUUCAGGUAUGAAUUUGAACACAAACUUACAAAGUACCCCAGCAAAGUUGAGAUUCUUAAGAUAAAUGAGUGAUGUUUACUGUUUAUCUGUUAGGAUGUUGUCAAUGUGGAGGAAGUCAUCAGAGGCAGAAGGAGGGCUGCUGAAUGUAUCCAUUUUCUACUUGAUUCAAACAUUCUAUAUGAGAUAUGCUGUUUUGGACUUUCUGAUGAUCAAGAGAAAUGUUGUCGUCAAGGUGAAGAUAUGAUGUUACAUCUUUUACAAGGUCAACACUUAAUGGGAUGUACCACCUGGAGUAUGUUCUUGCAGGCGUGUGUCCCUGUACUGCCAGUCUUGCAGGCACUUGUGAGUGAGAAAUCCCCACUGUCAAACUGUAUUGUGGGAUUAUUGCAACCUACGUUCUCAAGGACUGAAUCCAAAGAGUUUGAAAUGUUGUCUCAUCUUGAGAAGUUGAGGGGCUCUCUACGACUUCUCUUUUGUCAAGAUCAGUGUGUUCGUUUGGAGGGAGCCAAGGCUGUGAUGUACUACCUAACACAAGAAACGUCCAGUUCCUUGAAACUUCCUUCUGUAGAUACCUACACACUGAAUGACAUAGCUGACUUACUACUGUUUGAUCAUGCUGUCCAUCUAGAUGUACAGAACAGUGGACGAUCUGUAUUUCAGGUGGAAGGUCUUUAUCAGGUUUUUCAUAUCUUCACAGCAACAGACACAGAGGCGAGCCUACGCAAAUCAGCACUGGAACAGAUUGCCAUUAUCUUACAAGAUGGCACUCUUCAUAAAGCUUUCUUAUCACAAGGUGGCCUGGAUAAGGUUCUGGAUUGCAUGAAGAAGGCAACCAUGUCUGCCGAUGAAACUAGACAGGAAAUGCUCCCUAUGAUUCCUGCAUGUCUGUGUAUUUUGCGUCACAUUUUACAUGAAGAUCCCUCAUUAAGACAUGAGUUAGCUCAUCAGGAUUACAUCUACUAUCUGCUGAUUAGAGCUGGCCUUCUAUGCUACCCUGACUGUAGGGCUCGAUACCAUACAGCACAUGUCACAGUUUUAUUGCUGUUUGAUGAGGUAGCUUCCCUAACUGUAUCAGAGCAUCAGCUAGUCAACCAAUUCACAUUGCCUAAAUGUGUCUCCCAGAAAUUCAAGCUUCCUUUCCGAUGUAUGACGGCUAAGUCUCAAAGUCCGUAUCGGAAAGCAUAUUCAUCUGCAGAUGACCCCUUGAACAAGUCAUGCAUUGCAUGGAGAAUGCUGAGGAUUGCAUGGAAUGUUGCAUGGUAUGGUGGAAUACAAUCCCUCAUGGACAGGAUAGAGUCAGGAUUACUCAAGGAGUCACACCCCAGUUUCAACUCUAAAAUUGCUUUAACUGCGGAAGACAAAUUGUUGCUGAGGUGUAGUCACUCAACUACAAGUCUAAAACAGUGUCUGCAGUCUGUGUGCCAGGCUUCCUCUCAUUACACAGUCAAGGUCAGCCUGUGGAGACUGGCUCUCUGGUUACUCACUAACAUGUUGAUGCACAAUGUAGGCGAGACCGACAGGGGCCGUCCAGAUAUCACAGAGUUUCUGUUGCAGCUAGAGUUCAGGAAAGCUCUUGACAGAUUCAUUGGAGUAGUUCCUGUCAGUGUGGAUGACAAGAUACUACUAACUGAAGUUUUAUCCUUCAUAGUACUCUUGAUGAAGUCCCUUUCCCCAAAACCUUCUUGCACAGACUUCCUUCACUGGCUAGGUAAUGUUUCCUGCAGCCCCAAGUCUGUCCUGAUUGGACUUCUAACUAACAGCAAACCUGAGGAUAGAGAAGUUGAGAGACAAGACAAUCAGAGACAUGGGGAGGUUGAAUCCUCAGCAGACAGAACUCUGCAUAAACAACUGGUAACCUUCUUUGGGUGCUACAUACAGUGUCUACCUCUGUCAGGUGAAGCAUGGAGAAGAAAAACUGGCUUCUUGGGUGGAUGCCUGACACAUGGGUUGCUGCUGAGUCUCAACUCAGCAGAUGCUGCCCACUUCUAUGAUUUGCCAUCACUAGAGAACACAUUGCAUUGUCUUGUUCAUGUUACUGCUAGACCUGGCUGGAGUUUGGAUUGGAGAGAUGGUGACAGUCUCUCACUCUGUCAGCACCUACUCAAUUCAUUGCUAGAGGUGAUAUCAGCUUUCCAUGUUGGUCGUGGAGGAACUGCAAUGUCCUACAUGGGGAAAGGAGUCACAAAGAGUGCUGCUGUAUGUUUAUGCCAUUUAGCCCAUGAGAUGGCAAACAGGGCACAUCAGAAAAAUUGGUCUACUGAGUGGUUUUACACAAGGCAAAGACAGGAGGGACUGGCAGAGAUAGGAUUAGGAUGGCUAAUACCCCUUUGGUCAAACAGGGAUCCAGAGGUCAGGGCAGCUGGUUUGGGCAUAGCUGCAGUGUUGUCUUCAUCUGAAUCUGGCCGUGUAACCAUGACAAAGGGUUGUCAGCAUCUUCCUGGAGGAUUGUGGGCUGUUGCAUUGGGAGUGCUUUCUGACCAAUCAGAGUGCAGCAUCGUGCGCCGUCAGGCUGCACUGUUGUUUGUCAAUCUGCUGAGUGAACGUCUUCCUGAAGGAGAUUCAGAAAGUCACAACGAUAGAAAGGAAACGUGGAUUGGACCUCUUGUACAUGACCAACAGUCACAGCUCUGUUUAUCUGGUCUACCUGGCCUCCAUGCUCUCAUGGAACAUUACAACAUAUACCAAGGCUUAAAGGCCUCCUUAAACCACUUCUAUGGUCAAGCUACCAUCCAACCAGUCAGCAUAGUGGAAGAAUCAACAACAGCAUCCAGUAGCAUUGCAUCAGGUCUAUCUACAGCAACUACACCAGAUCUUGGUAGCUGUCAGUCAUAUAGUAGCUUUACAAGUCCUGAUAUUGUUGGGCAAACUGAGUUGAUUAAUGACCCUCAGGUAUUUUCAGCUUCAGCAGAUAGUUUUGGGCUGUCUGCUAGCUCAUUGCUGACCCUACUAUCCAACCAAGGCUCAAGUAAGUCCAGUUCAUCCCAGUCUGCAAGAGGUGCACUGACCAUACCAAACACUAGUGGACGUUAUGUCAGUGUAGUUACCCCAAGUCUAGUAUCUUCCAUUUGCCGUCUCCUGCAUAAUCUGUUAGCUCUAUCUCCUCAAGACACUGUUGUCUCUAUUGACAGGGAAUCUAUUCUCAGUACUUUGAUCAGGCUUGUGGACGUUGAUGGCAUAUGCAGUCUCCUGCAUCAUCUGGCCUUGUCUCCUGGCCCUAAGCACAACAAGACAUAUCUUCAGCUUGUCAGUCAUCUGUCAAUGUGUUGUGAUAUAUUCAGACUGUUUCAGGCUUACAAGCAAUCUCAGAACCAGUGUAAACAAGCUGCAAGUCUGGAUGACAAAUCUGUGUUUAUGCUGGGUUGCAGGGUGUUGAGUCUUUCCAGUACUGAUGCUACAGAUUCAGACAUCUGGAAGCAGAUUCAUGAAGUAUGGGAGACUGUGCUAAUGUUUAUGGUGACCCAUCUGACUUUGUAUAGUCAUGUUGGACGGCAGGAUAUCAGUUCAGCCAUUCUCAGCCAUUGGGCAUCUAUCACAGGAGCUAUUAUCCACAUCAUGAAAUCACCUGUAGCAUCAUCUACCAGAAUAGUUGCUCUGAAUUUCCUUGCCAACUUUCUGAAUAAAAUGCAUGGUAGGAGAGGUAAAGAGGUAUGGAAAGAGGAAACUGAACCUUCUUCCCAGGAUGAUGGUGAGGAUGCAAAUGGAGAUGACAUGAUGACUGCAUCAUUUAGUCUUGAUGAUGAGAGGAAGGAUGCAGGUUGUGAAACAUCAAGCGGUAGCCUGCUUUGUAGUGUGCUUCUUCAAGCCUUUGAUGGGACACUGUCAAGAACUUUGGACAGCAUUGGGGCUCUUAAUGAGAAGACUAAUGUUAUCUAUGCUCUGCGAAAUUUACUUGCUAUCAGUCAUCAGGCCAAAAAAACUGCUGUGAAAAAUGGUUUGAUUGAGUCAGUCUUAGACAGCAUGCAGCAUACACAUGCUAAACUCAAUGUAGAAUGUCUACAGCACCCAAGGCCUGCUGCCAAGAAGAAGGAAGAACCUUUGUUAACUCAGCUCAUUGGUCAAAUGAGCCUACUACAGAACUGUUUAUGUAACAACCAGGAAGCUAAGAUAAACAGCCUUGAAGCAGGACUCACAUCUGUUCUUCUCAAACUGUGGUCAUGGAGUAUCCUUGACAAGAGGUUACUAGCAGCAACCCUUUCUCUCUUAGCAACUUACACAGCAAACUGCAUUCCAGCUUGCACCUCUCUUGCUCAAUGUCAUCCUGGCCAAUCAGGAUCCUCCUUACUCCAUCGCAUCAUCCAACAGAUUGAUAGCGAAAAGAAACAGGUCACUGGCCAAAGCAGAGAUAGUCAGCAACAGAUAAAAGGACUGUUUGUUACUCUGAGUAAUUCCAUCAUAUCAGCUGAAUGUAGGAAUGCUUUGUGGAAGAGUGGAUUCCUGCAAACAUUUUCCCAAGUGUGUACACAGAGGAAGCAGACAUGCAGGGGAGGCCCUUUGACUGGGAAACAGCUGUCUGCAGUCUUGUGGCUUCAACUGCUGGCCAACUUGACCUUAUCCCCUGAGGGCCAACAAAUGGUCAUGAGAAUCCCAGAUGUAUUAGAAUUACUGUUUGUCUUGGGAGAGUCUGUGGAUGAUGAUGUAUCCAACCUUGCCACUCUGACUUUACAUAAUCUGUGCUUUCUUAGUGCCAACAAACCCAAACUACUUGCAUCAGAGAAAAUACUACCUUUCUUUGAGAAAAAGCUGAACUGUGGAAACCGAUCUGCACAGAAUAUGGUUGUUAAUGCUUUGUGGGCAUUACUAUAUGAAAGCCAGAAGGCCAAAGCCAUUCUCAAAAGCUCAACUGUCUGCCAAUGGCUGAUAGAUGCUCAGUGUCAAACAUCGAUCAGCUCUCUUCAGCCUUUGACCUUGUCAAGCAGGGGUCAAAGUGGACAAGACAAUGACCUUCACCAGAAUCUGUCCUCUGUUUUGGCUCUGAUGAUUGAUUGAGAAGAUAUGUAGAUGAGCUUUGAGGCUUUUCAUGGUGAAAGUAGCAAGUAACUUACAGAGGUUUGCGAUAGCACCACGGAAGGAUAUCUCUUUCUGAGUAUGUAUGUUGCUUUUUGAGCCACACAUAAUUAGAGAUGUCCUUGCAUGAUGCUAGCACAAAACUUACAAGAGUGGAGUUUACAAUCAUGUGUGUCACUCCCUUUGACUGUUUUAAAAGGUUUUAAGAAAUCUAUGGAAAUCAAAUUAACUGACAAGAGGCAGUUUAUUUAAUUGUUUAGGAAAUGGCUAAUUUACUAUCUACAAUCUUACCUCCAUUGUGACAUCACACUUUUGUUUUGCCACUCCAUUAUUUUGCACAAAUGGAGCAAUAGAGGCGAUGCCUUUCCAUUUCAUUCAGACAGUAUUGCUUCCAUCGCUCCAUUCAUACUGAAUAAUCUUACUUCAAAUGUCAUUACAGUUGUAUUUGGGGAUUGGUUUCGGCUUUGUGUAAUGAAAAGCUUGUACUUUCAACAAAACAAAGACACUCGAUUCGUGGAAAACAACGGAGCGGUGGAAACAAUAGUGUGAUGUCCCAGGUGGAGGAAGUCAAAUAAUACCCUUGGUACACACCAUUCUUGGUUAAGAACCCUUAAGUAGUGUUGUAAAUACAUAUAACUGAUUCAAGAGCACUCAGUUUAACACCAUUACAUGUACAUGUACUUUCCUCUGAACACCUUGCACAUCCAUCAGUAGCAUUGCUCUUCAUGUAAGUUAUGAGUAUAAAGCAUGGGUUGAAAGAUGUGGACAAGUCUUCAGUGUUUGAAUGAGAUUUCAAGUCGGAAAGAUUUUACCUUAAUACUCCCAAAAUGGGGGGGUUCUGUAUCAAUUUGAAGAAUAAUUUAAAAUAUGAUUAAAUGAAGGGUGCCUGGGUGGUUGGGAAGGGGGUUAAAAAAGAGAUGAAGCUUUUGGAAAGGAAAAAAAAGGACUGUCCUCGUCUCUUGCCCUCUUUUCCUCCUCUCUUGUCUCCCUCUGUUUUCUUUCUUUGACAUCACCACCUCUUUUUCACAGGUGUUUUUCCUUCCAGGCUGGGGUUAAUCCUAACACAGAUUGGUGUCCAUUGUGAUACUCAAUGUGCUUCUAAAACGGUAUAUUAAAUCUGUGUUUUCAGACGUUUUUCAAACCUUAUAUUGUAAGUCUUAAGUAACAAUCAUCCAUCCUGUGGCUAGAGCCACAACGAAUUUGGUGUUAAAUUUCUUAAGACCAACACACGUACACAAAAUGGCCAGCUGGAGUUCCGACGUUCUGCAAUAUCGCGUAAUGUGCUCAUCACAGGAUUUCCAUUUUUCAUCCAUUUUUUUCAUAAUUGGCUGAGUGCAUCUCUCCCAAAAUUAGUUCUGCCAUGUCAGGACGUGUUAUUGCAAAGAACCAUAGGUCUGUUAGGAACUUAAUGUAAAAUCCUCCCUUUUAAGACACAAAUUUUACACUUACAAAUCGUAUUGACUGGAAUGGCCAAAAGUAGGUCAAGUGAGAUUUUCGUUUUCAUGAAGGGACACACAUAACAUCUUUUUACAUUCACAGCACCGCGCACGAAAACGUGUGCCCCUUCCCUGAGGAAAAAAGAUGCAUUGAACAGAAGGGCCAAAAUUUAGGAAAAUGUGGAUUUUCAAUUUCAGGAACGGAAGUGCAUCUUUACUAAUUAAUUUCAGCUAAUUAAUAACUGUGUUCUUUUUAAGUACUUGGAUCAGGCAAAAAAAGUUCACCUCUCAAAGAACUGUUUGGGGUGCUUUUAUUGCAUGAACUUGUUCCAUAUUUGUAUGUUGUGUAGAUUUGAAAUAGGAGAAACCUCUCUGGCAAUUAUUUCGAAAACCAAGGUUUUUCUUCAAAAUUAACAUGUGUGGCCUUUCUUGAAAACGGUAAUGAAAUGACAGUUUGUAUUUUGGUUUCACAUGCAGCAAACUGAGACACAAAAAGUUACUGCAAGAUACUAUAUAUUGCCGAUGGGUUGACAGGAAAGUGUUAUAACCACUUGCUGUAAUGCACCUGUAAAUUGAGAAUAAUCAAUAGUAAUUUUAUGUAGCAUGAAAAAUUCAUUUUAAACACCGCACAUUCCAGCAAAAUUAAAGUCUAACAUCGAAACGUAGUAACCAUGUUUUAUAAACUCAAAAUAAACAAACCAACUCUUUGGCCUUGCAGUUCACUAAAUAACCUCUUCAAAGUGUACCAUUCUGCCAGUGUGUACAUUUUCCACUGGACCUUUAAAAAAAAACAGAAAGACCCAUAUAUGCUCUGUAAACAUUUAUAAUGUAGAAUGUAUAAAUAUUUUGAAUGGUCAAGGAAAGAUGGCGACUUAUUCGCCUUGAUUUGUGUAUCCAUGUAUCAUGAGUUGUGACUUUGCUGUUGCUGAGCAGUGGCAGAACUAAAGGGGGCAUGGGAGCAACCCCCAUCAUCCCCCGCUUGAGGCCGGUGCCUUCUCAGAAGUUAAAAAAAUGAAGAAAACAAUUGGUGCUAGUUCACCUUCGUCAGUUUUUAAACUGUGACCAAAGCCAUCGAGUGCCCCCACUAGAAAAUUUACUCCAUUUACACCACUGUUGUUGAGAUAAAAAUUUCAAUUUUAGAUCUCAACAUUUGUUAUGAAUAAAGUACUUGCAACUUCGGUGUACUAAUGAGAUUGUAUACGAAUAAGGAAUGCGGUAUAUAACAGAGGCCAAAUGAAAUAAGAAAACUUUUAUGUGCAGGAAUGAAGAAAUCUUUAUUCCAGUUGUAAUGCGGGCAUUGUUGAGAACACGAAUAUCCUUGGAUGGAAAAAAAUUUGUCGAGAGCAGAAACAAACUUACUUUCCCAAAGAUUCCAUGAAGAUCAAUGUCAGACCCUUUCGAUUUUGAGGAUGCAUUCAUUUCACGUCAUAGUGUUUGAUAAACAGCUUGCAGUGUUUUUUUCUUUCCUCGUAAUGUGUGUACACGCUUAUUGCUCCUCCAGAAAAUCCUGAAAGACGUCCACUCUUGCUAUUUUUGGUGUGCUGUGAUAUUAAAAUUAAGAUCAUUUCCAGUCUAACUACAACAAGACCUUCAACAUUUCUAAGGAAAAUUUGCAAAGAUUCAGUUGGGACAUUUUCUUUUAAUACUUCUUGUUUUCGGUUUGAAAGAAUAAAUUCCAUUUAUUGUUUUUUGGCCACAAAGUUCUUGACAAUGGGUUUACAUGCACAUGCAUUGGACGCGUAUAAAGAAGGUGUACUGAUUCAUUACAUGUAUGUAGAAAAUAUCUAGUAUUCCUGACACAAGUAAGGUUUUUGCGUGUUUGCCCAGUAAUAAAAUUGGUUAUUUGUCACCAAGUGUAUUUUCAUUAAGAUCUCACAUCAUUUACAGCCGUAAAAGAAUGAAUCUUUUGAGGAAUAAAUUUACAUAGACACCAGUAAUUACAUAUCACAUUGAGCACCAUUUUUAUUUCCAACAGUUGACCCACAUAGAACCCGUUGGCUAUCUGGAGGUUGAUCAAACGACCAUCGUAGGUUUUCCAGCUGGUUUGGAUAGUUUUACAUUCACAGAGUAUUAAUUUCAAAUUCGUCCAGUGAAACCGUUUCUGUGCAGUUUCAAUGUUUGAUAUCGUCAUUUUAUCACACAGUUUCAACUGUUGCUCAGUCAUCUCGUCUAUACUGAAGUGUCUCAUUCAGAAAGCAGUGUCUUCUCUUACCACACAAUUUAAUAACACGUUUGUUUAAUUUAGUCCAAGUUCACAGUACGAAAUACAGACCAAUGCAUAGUGGUCACAGAUAAAACA